GGUGCAAACAGCUAUGGACAACUUGGUCUUGGUCAUAAAGAGGAUGUUCUGGUACCUCAGUCACUGAAAGAUGUUUCCUUCAAAUGUCAAGAUAUUAAAAGCAUAACUGGAGGAGGGGGACAUUCUGCAGUUAUCACUGGUGCAGGAGAACUCUUUGUAUGUGGCCAGAACAAAGAUGGGCAGUUGGGAUUGAAUCACACAGAAGAUGUGCUGCAUUUUACUCUGUGCACUGCCCUGUCUGGCUUCUGUGUCAAACAAGUUGCCUGUGGCUGGGAUUUUACGAUCAUAUUAGUAGAAUCUGGCCUAGUUCUGUCCUGUGGGUCUAACUCUUUUGGACAAUUAGGAGCUCCUCAAAUAUCAGGUCCGUGCUUGGUUCCACAAAGGAUUGAGUCUCUUAAAGAGAAGGUGGUAGAUGUUGCUGCAGGACUGAGACAUGCCCUUGCUGCUACAGAGAGUGGUGUGGUGUUUCAGUGGGGAACUGGCAUGGCGCCUCGGGCAAAGCGUGCAAACCCAGGAACAACCCUCCCCCUGUUCUUGACAGCAAAGGAGCCCUGGGAAGUAACAGGCCUGGAAGAUGUAAAGGUGAAGAGAGUUGCUGCAAGCUCUUAUCAUUCAGUGUCACUCACAGAUGAAGGACACCUGUAUGUCUGGGGUAGCAACAAACAUGGACAGCUAGUGAGCACAGAGAUCUUUCUUGUUGAGCCCAAGAAGAUUGCGACUCAGUUUUUCUCACAUGAGAAGAUUGCAGCAGUCUGGAGUGGCUGGUCCCACUUGGUGGCACAAACAGAAACUGGCAAGGUGUUCACCUGGGGCAGAGCAGACUAUGGGCAACUUGGAAGGCACACAGUGGUUCCAGAUGGGCAGGAGGCAUGCACAGCAUCGGAACAACGCUUGGAGCUGUUGUGUAACAUCCCUGUUUCAGUGUCUUGCCUAAAUGGAGCAUCUCAG